AUUUUGACGUGUCUUAAUCUAAAUCCAAUUGUCCAUCCUUCCACUGGUAAUCCUUAUUUGGCUGAGGACUAGUCGUGACUUCACCAAAACAAAGCAAGAAAAUGCCACAAAAGGAAGUUGUUGUCGAACAGCGUGGCGGCCGUCCGCGUGCGGUUUGGCGGUUCUAUUCCGAACAAGACGCUGUGACGGGAUCGGAAGCUCCGAGUGUACUUCUUAAGUUGUAUUUCGAGCUAGAGGCAGAUGUGAUGAGAUAGCAUUGUGAGCAAAUGAUAUUAGAAAAAUGAGAACUUAGGCAGAUUGCCGAGUAGAUUCGAGUCAUCAAGUAUAACAAUCAAACCUAACCUAACCUAACCUAAAUUGCAAAGGGCGACGAACAAGAACGGAAACUAAAGGAAGACGCUUUUGAUGCGACUAUCGCUCUGCAGCAGCAGGAACCAAGGGACGACUUCAAGUAUUUAUUCACACGAUGAAACUAAUGCAAAAAUUCUAAGAUCAACAUAGUUCAAUGCAAUUUUUGUCCUACUACAUACUGGUCCAGUAUGUAGUACUACAACAAGUCUUCACUCAGUAGAAGUUGUAUCAUGUUUUUUGUUCUAGUAGAACAAGAAGCUCGAGUUGUCAUCCUACCCCUCCUCCAACAGAGGUACACCGAGCAAGACUUUCCGGUCGCCAUAAAUGAUCCUGGGACCAACGAAGACAAAGUCGACCCACAAACGCGUGUGGGAUAUGCUUUGUCUUAUGAGAGACAAGGUCACUCAUCAUCACAACUAAAGUACUAAGUAAAGCUCACCUAGUUGCAACGGAAGAACUCCCCAUAAUCCUUUGCCUUUCUUGCUUUCUACUCCCAAACCUUGUUCGUGGCCUCUCUUAUACCUUCCUAAACCUUGUUCGUGGCCUCACUUAUGCCUUCCUUCCUUCUAAUCCCAAACCUAUCGUUCCCCAGACGAAAGGAAUGACAUUAUCGACCGGCGAGUCGAUAUCCUCUACAAUGACCAUAAAGUGCGAACCGCCAGACGUGAAGCGUUGAAACGGGAGAAGGAGAAGCUCGAUGAAGAAAGAUAUCUGGAGCAGAAAAACUAUUUAUGAAACAGUAGUUUACCCAAGAACAUCAAGUGGAUGAAUGGAAUAGUUCCUUCCCAAUCCAUACACCUAUAUUACCUCAUGAAGUCAGUCAGACUCGGAGCUGCAGUACUCGGGAUGCGAUUGAAUGAAUCAUGAAGUAGUAGUUUACAUGUUAUUUUUUAUGAACACACUUGUACUAGCAGCUUCUAAGGUGCUGCUACUUUCCAACAAGAAUAAUGAAAGGUGCAGAUAGUAUCAAUUCCCAUUGUCCACUACAAACAAGACCCACAAGAAUGAUUUAUUUCAUCUUCUACAUUAAAGAAUUAUACCCUUCCCCUUCUUCUUCAUAUUUCCUCCUGAAGCAAAAAAGUCGAAGGGAGAUGACGGAUGAGGAAUUUGGUAGUUACUGGAAAGAGAGGAUGCACGAAUGGAAAGACACCAUGGCUGUAAGAGCGAAAUUGAAAGAGGUAUUGACAUUCUUGCUUAGAUGACUGCAUUGACAAUCUAGUCCUAGUCGUUAGCAGGGGAUGGAAAUACAAGUCAGGACUCUAUUCUGCAUCUUCUACAACAGAAAAAGGACGAGAUACAGGAAAGAGAGGAGCUUGCAGAAUGCACCUUCAAGCCUGACACCUCAACCAGCCUCAAGUGGACGCAGAAACGGCAGCAAAGCAUCCAGAAACACAAAACAAGUCUACUCCGUAUUGCCAGACUACAACGGGACCAGCUUCAAUUAAGACUUGUUGCCUUGAUUAAGGCUACAAGAAAUCCAUCUUCACUGGCAUCUUGGUCCCGUUUUUAGAGGGAAAAGGAGACCCAGGAUGCUGCUGAAGAUGGACUUCUCUUAGUCCUAGCUUGCUCUUGCUUCAUCUUGAGAAGCGCCUUGAUCUUUGGCUCCCGUUCUAGCAAAGAGGAGGCACGUCAAUGAAUAAGAUGUGACUCAUCUUCUAAGUACUUACAACUUACGAAGUAGAUGUGAACAAUUUAUUGUGCGAACAACUCUAACUCUACAGCUUGAGCAGUUGCACAGUCUUGAGGCUAGUAUCGAGUACAACCUGAAGCUCGAAUGCGAGAAGAAACUGGAGCAAGCCUCUGCUGAAAAUCCUGUGCUGGUGGACCGGUUUCUUGCAACCGAGAAAGGCGCUCAGUUACUCGAGAACCGCACUGCUGCGUACCUUGCUGCCAACAGCGAAGUUGUAGAAGACUCUAUUAUAGCUGCUUCUUCUAGUAUUACACGCGAACGUGCGGAGUCGGAAGCUGUGCGGGACAUCCUGGAUAAAUCUCUGGAGAACAUCCGAGAAAGAGUCAUAGACGACUUCAGGGCCAGAAGGAUUCACCAGAGGCGCGCCGUCAGUAUCCGCAAGUUACACGCUGUAGUGGAAUUACAGCGGAUCGAAAACGAAUAUCGAGAACUAGCGACUCAUUUGAAGGGAGAUCGGAAACUGGUACAACUGUACUUUACUCACUUACAAUAUGAAAAGAAAAUCUGUUAUCAUUACAACCGGUUAGUUUUCACCUUGAUCAAAUUAGUUUAGUAGGCUUAUCCCGUGCAACAAUCUGUUAUCAUUAUCAAGUUUCUUAAGUAGAAAAGUAUGAUAAUGAUAGAUAACAUACUUUGGCUUCAUAACUUAUGAAUGUUUCAUUGACGAGGGACGAGAGGACUCAGUAGUUGUGUUUAUAGGUUUAGGGAAUGGAAAUCUUAUGGUCGUGUUUCUUCAGAAGCAUCUUCUAUAUCAGGGAAGUGCUUAAUGUUGAUUUAGUCAAAUGACGUGAAAAAGUUCCAAGGUACUAGCAGCUAUGCGAUUGAUAGAGGAGGAAUACGAAGCCGCUUUUGGUGGGCAGACAGCGAGUGCAAGUUCAGUUACUUAUGAUGAAGUAACGAUUAUUGAAAACACCAGUCCUGAUCCUAUAGGCCAUGAAUUAAGUUUCUGAUCGUGAAAUUAGUAGCCAUUUUUACUCAAAGAACCACUGCUACAUCUUAAAUUUCCUCUAAUCCCUACCCACGUCUACCGGAACAACUCCGACUACAGUCAAGAGCGCCAGUGCGUCUUUUGCACCUGGGAACAGAGGUCGGCAGAAAGAACCAUUGCGAGGAUGGGGUCGCAAAAUGCUCUCAGAUCCUGUUAAUUAUGGGUGAAAACGAUGUAUUGUCUCCUUCUCCAGAAUAGGCCCGCCGUUCUUGAGAUGAAUGAAGCGAUCUCACGGAUCCACGUGAGUAUGCUAUGAUGCGAUAGAGCCAGGGCAUCCAAAAAAUCCCCCUUAGGAAGGUGUUUGGCUUAUCUGAGUUUUUCCCAACUCGCUUAUUUCAGUUUUUCGAGUAUUAUCUUCGUCUCCAGAUUUUUAAAUACUUAGGUUAAUCCUUCAAUAUUGAGAUUUUUGACCUAGAGGUAGACCAGUUCAUCUUCGACAAAGUCCGUACUCCUUACGAAGCUCCUUUUGGAUAGAGUUCACUUACACUUGUUAGUUGCAAUUCUGUUAGUUGCAAUUCUGUAUUUCAGGAAAUUCUGUACGAAAUGCAAUGAGAAAAUUGAAAUUCUAAUUUGCAGAAGCGAGUCUUCCGAGCACCAGCAAGGGGACAAGUGAAGGACCACAGGGCAAGGAGAAAGCGAGCCCUCUCACCUCUUCUGCUGCUGGAGGGUUGAUGCUGUCGACGGCAGCAUCUUCUGCAUCUCAAGGAAGCAACCCUGGUUCAGGACCAGCAUCUUCCGCGUCGCAAAAAGCAGAAGAGCUCAGGAAACGGGCCAGUGGAAUGUUUUUUCAGACAGAUCUGGUGACAAGGCUGAAGCAAGAGCCGUGGUUUUUGGUUGCAAAGCACGCUGCGGAGACCGAGGUGGCGGCAACAAGGAACAAACUUCACGUGGCGAUGCAACUUGGAGGUGACGAAUCUGGUAGCGGUUCGGUUUGUUGACACUUAAUCACACAGAUUUUCGUUGCGGGGCUUCUUGGGUGGUUAGGUUUGUUGGCAUUUGAUUACACAGAAGUUCGUAGACGAGCAGUGUUGAGAAGAACGGUCAAGAGCUGGAAUUAUCAAGAACUUCUACUUCUCCAAUAGCAUCCAACUUCUUGGGGGCUUCUUGGAUAGUGAAGACAAGUGGCACUUGAUUACACAGAAGUUCGUUGCGGGGAGAACAUCAUUGAGAUUUUUACACUAGGAGUCAUCCCAUAGGGACCACAAGAACAAGGAAAUAUUGAACUCCGCACUUCUCAUCUCCUGUAAGGAGUGGGUCGAAAGGGAAUGGACGACGCAUAAGAAAAAAACAUGCAAAUGACAAAAAGCACAAGAGCAGUUUACAUAUUUGAUUUAC